CGUCGGUUUCCUUUCUGAUGGGACUCUUUACGCCCCGAUUUAGUUCCUGUCGACCCUGGAUUGAGGGAGUUUGGUCUGAGCAGGAGUAGGCAGGAGUGCGAAGUGGGUGCGACCAGCCCCCUUCCUCUUUUUCCCUCCCCGACUUCAAAAAUCUCUGCUGGUCAGAGAAACACCCGGGCGGAAAACCUCCAUCGACAUACGAGAUCAUUUCACACUUGACGCUACAAUGCUCUUUCACACUAUAGUGUCGCGGCUCGUUGUCGGAGUCUGCCUACUCAAAUUCGUCACUGUCGGUGCCAUGCCCACAGGUUCGGGGAAGGCUCCGCUUGGUAAAACUCUUGUGCCAGGGAAAGUUGUCGACCCCUUAUUUGAGGAGAAAUGGUGGAAACAAGUGGAGGUCGAUUGGAUUGAUAUUGAUCCUGACGAGAAAAAGCGCUGGAUAUGUCAAGGGUACGACAAGAACAACGAAGUAUUUGCAACGGACUUGAAUGACCAAUUAGAAGGAAAGCUCACCCUCGGCAGGUUAUCAGGUUUUGCGCCUAUUGAAGGGAACAACAAUAAAGGCAUCUAUACACUAUUCAAUAGCGUCAAGGUCGAUUCAAUUCCAGGGAGUAGCCUUGUCGUGAAAUUAGUGGAGCUCGAGCGUAAAUCCGCUUCAUGUGAAGUCUUUGCACUCAAGGCCCUGGCAACCCUUCAGCAACAACAGCAUAAAGCGCCUUUAUUCGUUACCAGUGGACAUAUGAUGCAUAAAAAAGUCAAAAGAGGUGUUAUCAUUCUGCGGAAAGUACCUGGAACGCCACUGCAGGAUAUUAAAGAUUGGAGAAACGGGAGUAACGAGAUCAAGUUGACUAUGAUGAGGGUCGUCUACAAUUCAAUUCUCAGACAGAAUUAUGACCUUGUUCAAACCAAGAAGCUCGUUCACAUUGAUCCCGAUCCGUCAAACAUCCUUGUUGACCACCCUGAAGAUAACCUCUUAGAUGCUAACCUCAUAGAUUAUGGUGCACCGUCAGUCUAUCCUGUAAAGAGGGAUAUCACAAUGGAGGAAUUUGAGAAGUGGUUUAACGAGCGAUGGUAUUUCUUAUGGUUCCAUGAGGGGUCAUGAACAGAACUGACGAAGGGAGGAGGGGUGAUGUAUUAGCAGCGAUGUCGAUGUUAUAUAUCUCCAAUUCAUACGGUGAUCCAACGUUGAUGCUAGUCAACAUCCUCUACCCAGAAAUCAAUACUCGCUGAGUUUGAAGGAGUCUGAUUUCUGGCGGGCCGUCAGCCUCCUAUGCCAAUGACGCCUGGAAUGAAAGGGAAACCCGCAAAUGGUCACUAUGAACGGCUUCCAUGACUUCGAAUAAACUCUUGCGUUGCCUUAAAUUUCCAACCGUUGUCCUCCUGUAACAUUACUAUUGGCAGCCUUCUCCUCAACCUUCUCCUCUUUAG